AUGAAUGUAACAAAUCAAUCUAUAGUUUCUGAAUUUGUGUUGAUGGGACUCACCAAUUCUUGGGUGAUGCAACUCCUUCUCUUUGUAUUCUCCUUGGUGUUCUGUUUGGCAGGCAUGCUGGGAAACAGCCUGAUUGUGCUCACGGUGGCCACAGACGCUCACCUGCAAUCCCCCAUGUACUUCUUCCUGGCCCACCUCUCCUUCAUUGACAUUAUGGAUUCCUGCAUUGGGACCCCCAAGAUGCUGACUGACCUUUUCAGGAAGCAGAAACUCAUUUCCUUUGGAGGCUGCGUUUCUCAGAUCUUCUUUAUUCAUGCUGUGGGGGCCACCGAAAUGGUGCUCCUCAUAGCCAUGGCCUUUGACCGCUACAUUGCCAUAUGUAAGCCUCUCCACUACCUGACCAUUAUGAACCUAAGAGUGUGCGUAUCUAUUGUGAUAACCUCCUGGACAAUUGGCAUCUCCCACUCCAUCAUCCAGUUGGCUUUUGUGAUCAAGUUGCCCUUCUGUGGCCCUAACAAAAUAGACAGCUUUUACUGUGAUCUCCCUCGGUUCAUUAGACUUGCCUGCACAGACACUUACAAACUGCAAUUUCUGAUUACCGCCAAUAGUGGAUUCAUCUCUCUGGGCGCCUUCUGCAUUCUCAUCAUUUCCUACAUUGUCAUCCUGAUCACU